UCAUUUUCAACAAAUUUUUAGCCGCCUGCAUUAAAAAAUGGGAAUUGGUUUACAAAGGAUCAAUGCCAGUGGUUUUUUAUAAAGGCGCAAUUUUCAAUCUUAAGAAGGAUAAUCAUGAUCUCAAUAUUUUUCAUCAUGAUCAUGUUAUCCAGAUAUGGGUCACCCGGUACAGUUCAGAUGGAAAACUCCCAUGUUCCGCUCUGUGCAGUGAACUGAAACAAAAAGUUAUUAAGAUGCUGGAAUCAGUCAUUAGGAAUAAAUGCAAUAUUGAAAUGUUCGUAAAAUGUUGUAAGUCAAAUGUCUUCUCAAAUCAAUGCAUGUUUCCCCUAGUAGAAAACCAAGACUGGGAAAAUCGCUGCGACUGUGGAGGUAAAAGACACUGUGUUACUUACAGAGAUCUAAUGCAGUGCUGGCUGCAAGGAAGUACUUUAACAAGGUAUCAAAAAGAAUCUUUCAAGUUUGAUGGUCGAUUAAUACAACUUACAGGAAUCCAGAUUGACACAUUAGGAAGAUCACUAGAUGAAAUGGCUAUAGGAAGAGGCACUUUUGGUACAGUAUAUCGUAGCAAUGAUUCUGAAGUAUUUGGAAUUCCUGUCGCCGUCAAAAAGAUACCAACAACGGUCAGUGAACGAGCCCAAAAACACGCCCGAAUGGAAAUGAUGGCUAUUAGACUAUUGAAUCCAUUUAUACUCCCGCUCAUAGCUUUUGCUAAGACGUCAAAUGGGAGAGAAGAUGACGCAUAAUGUGAAAGAAAUAUCACAGAAGCCGAAUUAUAAUUAAACCACUUUGACCAAGAGACGAGUAUCAGUUGUCAACGUGAAAGCGUUCGGUAUCGCAAGCUCUAAAUUUUACUCGCGGUUGAACGGGCAUGCUACCAACUUGGUGACGGUAAAUGCCGAGUACUACUACUACUAAAGGUUUGUUUAGUCAUAAAUAAAUAGAAAUAAUACAUAUAAUGCUAGGUAUUUCUAUUCUAAAAUUGUUAAAUAAACAAUUUAAAUCGUCAAUAUGAACCAAUUAGAUUAGUUUAUUCAGUUUUAUAAAAUAAUCACAUUGCCCAUGAUUCGGCGCGAUCUUCUUCAGGUCGUGUUAUAUACUACGUUCAGAAAUAGAGGAGGAAAUGGGAACAUAAACCUACGUCUUGCCAUUGCUACUUCUUACAAGGCAGAAUCUACAAUGCUGGAAGUAGAUGUGAUGUUUUUGAAUAAGGUGGAACAACCACUUCAGUCGAUCUUUUGCACUUAUUGACAUUACAGUGUUUCUUACUGUUGGACAUCAAGCUCGAUUCAUAACAGAAUUAUGAUCAAAAGUGAAAAGCAUCAUAUCUUAUAUAGACGAAACUUUGUAUUAUAAGGGUUUUGAGAAUGUGCGGAUAUUCAUUCAAAAUAUAUGCGCAUGAAGGGGCAAUGUUUUGUGAAAUUAUGACAACCGACGCAGUUAGCGUUACUUAGUAUUGUUUAAACAAAACCGUUGACGUCAUUGCGUGCUCCGGUGAGGAAUUACAGCAAGUCUCUUUCAUGUAUAUUUUUCAUUUAUUUUAUCUUGUUAUAUAUUGUUGAUUUCAAUGUAGUUUGUAACAGUAAAGUCGAGAAAACAUUUCACAUUUAAUUUUCAAAAGUAAUGUUGUUUGUCUAAAUAUUUUCGAACAACUCUCGUACUUUGAUCUUGAAUUUAGGAUAACAUUAGGACAGUUUUCUUUGCCUGAUGAUGUGCGUGUUCAAAGUUAUAUUUCAUACGUAAGAAACUCUUGUCAAACUUGUACCUUUCACAUGUGCAAUUGUCUUGAGGUUGUUCAUGUUGUUGGUGUAAAUAAAGUAUUUGCACGAGCAGAAUAGGGCAUAAUAUAGGUCUCAAAAUGUGGCACAAUGUCAAGGAUGUUUGUGACAUAGUCUGUCCCCUUUACAUUACCAGAGGAAAUUGACUUAACGAUAUAUAUUAAGUAUAUGCCAAGUUUUUAGCACGCCAUGCACGUUUUUUAACAUAUUUUGUUAGCAUAAAUUUUCGUCCAGUUAGUGGAAUUAUCUUCUGCAUACAAUAUUUCAAAUUACGCCGUUCUUGACGCAAGUCUACCAAUACUGUUUCGUGGGAAGAGUAAGCGAAGUACAUCACCUAAACUACAACGCCUCAUGUCUGGUUAUUUUAAAACAUAUUAUUAUUCUUAAAAGCAGUUUGACGUUAGUUCAACCCAGAUCGCUUUGAUUAUAAUACGACAUCUGUUUCUUAAGGUUUUUCUUACUUGGAGCUUAUUGUUGAUGAAUGACGACAUUAUCUCUUGCAAUGGCCUUCAGAGCGAAAUCCGCCAAAUGGAUAUACAAUUCAAUUAAACAUCCUUCUGGAGUCAUUUUUGAAAGUCUUAAUAAUAACUAACUAAGUUAAAAUAAGAUUCAUUUUUGAAAAGUAAAGGGCUUGAAACUACAGUGUGUUGAAGGUUGGUGUCUGACAUGUGUAUGUUUCAAUUGGUACACGAUCUGUAAGCCUUAAACUUAAAUACAGCGCAAGGUUUAUGUCAGUAUGCUUAUAAUUAAAAUUAUAGUAUUAAUGAAAAUGGUUAAAUAGUAGGCUUAUGAACUAGGUGUUGUGAUUCUUUUUUGCCAUGUGUAUGUAUGUAUUUCUAUUAUUUGAAUGUAAACGUAAAUAAGUGCACAUUCUAUUUUAAUU